AAUAAUCUACAUUAAUGGUAGGGGGAUAGUAUUAGAAUAUAGUUAGAAGAUAAGUAUAAAAGAACAAUAUAUAUUUUUUAAUACAAUACUUAUAUCAGGUGAAAGUAACUUAAAUAAACUUAUGUUUUAAUGAUAUCUUUGGCUUAAGGACGAAAGUAAAUGAUAUAAUAGUACAUACGGGAAUGAAUGAAACUAUUUUUAUACAAUAGUUCGAUGAGUAGGUUAUAAAAUUUAGCAUCAUGAAUUCAUUAUAUGAUUCUGUUUUUACAUAUACGUUGAAUAUUAUAAACCAUCGAGUAUCCUAGAAAAGUUCAAUCAAACAGAAAUCGUAACUUAACACAUGAAACUUUUAAGGAAAUAUAAGGAUUUUAUGCUCAAGUAAUCGAUGACACUCGGUGUGUAAUAAAAUUAAUUAAUCAUACAUAUAGAGAUACGAUUCAAACGAAUGUUCGAAACAAUCGAAAUUAUGUCAGCUGUAUAUACACAUUAUGUACUCCCACGCUUCACGCUAUCGUCUUCUUCGUACCUUGGAUAUAUCGCAGCACGCAAGUCCGCAAAUAACCGAUAUGUACUCAAUCCACAGUGAAAAAUAUCAACUUGUGGUUUGUCAUUGUGGCACAACGUUUUACGCUGUGUAUUGUAUCUUCAGCAUCUGUGUAUUAGGUCGUCACGGUUACGCUAUCAAUAUGAAUUAUUGAUUCAUCGUCAGUGUCUUUUGAAGCUAAGGGAAAUCUAAAUUGAUCACAGUACAAUUACUAAAUUUUAAUAGGCUGCAUAGUAAUAAGUAAUUAAAUUGAAAUAAAAAAUAUUAAAUGGAUAUAAUUUUAACACCUCUGUAUCUUUUAUCAGGCUUGAAACAGUUGAAAAAUUGUUAAGUUAAGAAUGGGUAAUAAACUUGAAAAUUGCCUUUUUGAUUAUAAAGAGUUUCGAAGGUUGGCAGAUUAAAUUAGAUUAACUUACGUAAGAAUAUCCUACCGUUUGGUGUUAAUUAUACUUAUGCGUAAAAUUAACUGCUCGAAAUAAUUUAUAUCGUUUUCAUUCGUUUAAUACUUUAUUAUUAAAUAUGAAUUACCUAAUGUGAACAGUAAUUAUAUCUACACAAUAGUUACCGCAUUGAUCGAUGAAAAUAAAAGUGAUCACUUUUGCGUAAGCGAUCGAACGUACCACCUUCUGACUUCCGGUUCAGCUGUUGAUAUCGAUAGCACUCGGAUGGCAACUCACCUACAUACAUAUCUACAUAUUUGCACGCAUAACUGUAAAAUUGUAAAUUAUCUGUAUCGUUAUCUUGUGUUCACAUACGUUCGUCUAUAUCGUAUACAUAAGGUGUAAAUUUCGCGCUAUUUAAUUCUUUUUUAUCAUUUACUUUCGCCACUACAAGAUAUUGUUGUUUCUUCGGUUAAACAAUAAAAAACGUGUUAUACUUUUGAUUAACAAUCGCCCCUUGUAUAUGAUAGCGUUUUAUUACAGUUGAGAAUUUAUGUCAACCGAAGUUUCGCACUUCUCAGUUUUAUUUUGGCAUUAUUGUAACUUGGCAAACUAACUGGUCGUACAAGGCUAAAGAAGAACGCAACCUCAAACAGAUAAAUUAUAAAGAAGUAUUCACGAAAUAUCACAAAAUAUCACUGACACUCAAGUUAUUUGCAACAAUGUUUAUUAGUAAUUGUUAACUAACUGUUCAUACCAAAGUACAUAUCGUAAGUAUAAUCAGAUGCUUUCAUGUACAUACAUAUGUACAUAUGUAUACAUAUGUAAUGUAUUACAUACAUACAUACAUACAUAUAUAAUUAUGGAUAAAUCAUUGGGUUUGAUGCUUCAUAUUACGAAAAAAUAAUCGAUUGGUUUCGAUAGGAAAUCGAUAAUUUCUCAUUAAGUUAAAUUUAUUCAACAUUAAAAAUUGUCGUUGUAUAACUACUACAUAUAGCACGUAAUGAUAUAUUACGCGACCAUGAGUCUAAAGUCUAGACACAUCAUCGUAAUACAACUUAUGAAAAACUUAGAAGACCAGUUGAAAUUGUUCGGUCGAUCUACCUUUGAAUAAAAUAUGAUUAUUCCGUGAGACAUCACAUGUUUUACUCCAAAGGACUUCUUAGGUCGUAUCAAAGUUAAUACAUACAUGUGCGUUCACCGUUCGACGCUAAAAGCUCUUUAUCUUUCUUACAAAUAAUGUAAGCGCUACUUAGGUAAAUGAUUACGGUAAAACAUUAUUAUUAGAUUUUUUAUUUUUUGUUAAACAAACCUUAAGAAACUAAUGAAUUUUGAUAUUGUUCAAAAAUGAGAGUACAGUAUGCGAUUUCAAAUAAUUAAGCAAAUAAAAGCAAAAAAUAAUCCCACCUCGACAAUAUGCAACUCUUCGUACGUUUAAUCCUUACAUCGGGAAGGGUUGCCGCAUGACGGCGCCACGAGAGCGUCGCGACGACGCGAGCAGACGCAAGUCAUAGUCGUCAGGCGGCGCCGCGCCGGUCGUUCGUCAGAAAACGAGGCGGGGUUGCAGGAAAAGCUCGCAUGAAAGAAAGAGAAAAGGAAACAUAAGUGCUAAGUGAACUCGAGCAAAAGAGAAAGAAUCGAGGCGUUUAUUCGUGGGCAAAACUUUGUGUGGACAUACGGCGAAACUAGCGCCUCCGUAUACGAUUUUUUUCUCGUACCUAUCGGCUUACAAGAGAAACGGUUCUUCAACUUAAAUGUCAAAUCGUGACAACGUAUCUCUUCGAUCUUUUCAAUUAUCUCUCGGUUUUCUUUCUUCUUUCUUCUGUGCGUUCUCUUUGAUUUUAUCUCGGUUCUUGUCAUUUAUAAAAUUACACAAAAUCCGAGCCCGUUACUGUCAGUUCUUUCUGGUGAUCUCACGGUGUAGUAACAGUCAACGAAAUAAGGAGAAAACUUGUGCAUGCACCGAUACGAAUAAGUAUGAACAUCAUGCGUACUUUUCUUACAUGUGUACGUGUUACAUCGAUACGAGGUACGAUAGUGUCUCGUCGUAGGUCUCUUUCGAUCCUACUACUAUAGUGACUAAUUGAGCGUGCACAUACAGCAACUUUAUGGCCUGGACAAUGCAUCGACCAGGAUAACCACCGUUCGCAGAAACAGCAAAAGAUUCUUUGAUUUUUCGAGGAAUUAUCUAUCGGCGAUCUUCUUUUUUAUCCGUCUUAUGGCAAGAAAUUUCAUCGAAUGAGGCAACGGAUACAAAGAAUUGAAAAGGAAAACCGAAAAAACGCACAACAGCAACAGGAACAACGAAAGAAAUUACCUUCUACUAAUAAAUGGUGCAAUGACUGUGAUUGGAAAGAUUGUACAAAAAGCAGAUGGAUUGAACGAUACAGAUGAUGCGAAAAUACAUCGAAUAACAUGUAACAUGUUAUGGCCGUUUUUACAUGCAAAAUUUAAAAAAUAGUUCGCCUUUUACAAGAAAGUUAUCUAACAGAGUAUAGAUUAAAUUAUAUAAAUAAUUAUAUAGAAACGCAUCGCUGCCUUUUCGUAACAGAGACCUCGCAAUGUUAAAAACUAGGCAAUCGGUAAAAAAAUAAUAACGAAUAACGUAUAAAAGGGAAUUAAAUAAUUAUGGAUGAAAUAAAAGUGGCAAAUUUGAGCCAAGCGGCAUCAGCCGCGUGUUCGAUGGCUACAAAUUUCUUGGCGCCAGUAAAAACCGAACGGCAGAUCUACGAGAAUUCAAUGCUCGAGGACGAUCCGAACGCUAACUCGGUGGUGUCUACUUCGCAAAAAGAUAGAACCGUGCCGAGAUGGGGUCCAACUCACAAGGGUGCUCAAGAACUUGCUAAUCUUUACAGCACCGGAAAAAGGACGCAAGAAUGCAUUUGUAUCGGCAUCUGUAUUACACUCAUGAUAGUUAAUUCAAUAUUCAUUCUCGUCAGGUUACGAUUUGAAAAUUUAAGUUCGAUAGCGAUAGCAGCGUUUUGCGGCAUCGUUACAGCGGAUUUCGGAUCUGGAUUAGUUCAUUGGGCCGCUGAUACAUGGGGCUCUGUAGAACUUCCUAUUCUUGGAAAGAACUUCUUGAGACCAUUUCGAGAGCAUCAUAUUGAUCCAACCAGCAUAACAAGACAUGAUUUUAUAGAAACUAACGGUGAUAAUUUCAUGGUCACAAUUCCAUUCCUUUGUAAGCUAACAUGGGACUUUCUCACUCUACCAGAAUCAGAGAUACAGCAGAAAUUUCUUUGGACUUGUUAUUGGUUUUUACUCGCGAUUUUUGUUGCAAUGACUAAUCAGAUACAUAAAUGGUCACACACGUAUUUCGGACUACCUACCUGGGUGGUCUGGUUGCAGGAGCAUAGAAUUAUAUUACCUAGGAAACAUCAUCGCGUGCAUCAUGUCGCACCGCAUGAAACUUAUUUCUGUAUUACCACUGGAUGGUUGAAUUGGCCAUUAGAACAACUUCGAUUUUGGUACAUUUUAGAAGUUAUUAUCGAAAAAGUUAUUGGGUGUAAACCAAGAGCGGAUGAUUUGAAAUGGGCACAAAAACGAUCUUGAGAAUUAAUAUAUUUUAUGCUUUUAUGCAUUUUCAUGGAUAACAAUGAAAUUUAACGAACAGAAAGAUCCUUCCAUGAUUUCGUAAUCUCAUGGAAAAAGGGUAUAGAAGAAAAUUUGACAUAGAACAUGCUAACAGAAAAAUUAAAUCCGUAACAUAAUUUGUUUCUUAUACUUAGCACUAUGAGGCCUUUCCUACAAAAUAGAUAGCGUGAUUAAAGACAUUUAGUAUUAUACGAACAUGCUUUUGAAGUUUAUACAUUUAUAAUAUGUAUAUGCAAUAACACAGAUAUGUAUAUAUAAAUUAUAUAAGAGUAAUGUGAAUACGAAAUUAUGUUUGUGUAAUUAUGAAUUAAUGAUUGGCCUGUCAAAUUAAGCAAUUAUACGUUUUACGCACCGCACAAUCAUUAUAAGUAGCACAAACUUAAGUAAAGAUUAUUUGAACGUUUUAUAUAAUAAUUCGUGAAGUAUUAUGAAGUUUAAAUUCUAAUACACCAGCACAAUGUGAGAAAAGGGGUAUUAUAUACUUAUAUAAUUUAUAAACACGAUGUCCAGUGGCUAUGAAAUUAAUAUGUACGUGUAUAUUUACCCACGUAUAUAUUUAUGAAUUAAUUUAAAUUUAUUGCUGCCACAUUUGUUAGCAAAUGAAUUUAAAGAAUGUUCUUUCGGUGAAAAGAUAUACUUUAAUUAAUGCACUAAUUUAAACUAGCUCAAUCUGCUGUUUAAGUGCACUCGUCGAUUUCCCUGAACCUUUGAAAAUUUUUCAGCCACUGAAAUUGAAUGCAACGUACUGAUUUAUAAUAAUAACAUUUUAUCAGAAGCAAAUAUUGUCAAUUUAAGUAUUAUCUAUGCGUAUACAUCUGCAUUGUAAAUUCAAACAUUUUUCUAUUUUUUCGUGAAAGAUAAAAAUACAAAUUUAUAAAUUUGUAUGUUUUUAUAUGACCUAUAAAUAUUGAGUUUAUAAUCAUUAAAAUUGGCAAUUUGGCUUCAAUUUUAAUUUUAUGUAUAUAGUUGGAUUAUAUUGUCACAAUCUGAGCUAAGAUUUGUAUAAUAAUGUUUUAUACAAUAUAUAUAAUUAUAUUAUAGACAAAAUCAUGAAAAUUUUAUAUUAAAGAGGAAAUAACAUAAACAAAGUUUAUAUCGCUUAUAAAUUAAAACUUUGUUUAAUGUAAUAUUACACGCACACAUACACGUUUAUAAAAUUUUAUUCCAUCAAUUACAUUUCUUAGCUCAUGACAAAUAAUUUAACAAAUAUAAUCUAACAAACAUAAAAGUUGUAAGGUGCUAAAUAUAAGUACAAGUUUUAGGUUCAGGGACCAAGAAAAGAGUUUAUUGCUCUCUGCAGCAGUUUUCUAAGUAUAAUUGGUUUGAUUUGGGUAAAGUAUACUGAUGUACAAAACAAUAAUACAAAGAGCUAAAUUUUAUAGAAAUUUUAUGCCAAUGAUUUUGACUUUUAUGUGUAAUUCUUUCUUUUUUAUUGGCUUCUAUUUAGAUGCCUCGUAAUUUUCAGUAUACUUUAUGCAGAGCUUUACCACAAUGUAUGUUCCUUGCAAGCAAAUCAUUAGUAAUGUCUUUUAAAAGAAACGAUUAUUAUAAGACAUUAUAACUACUAUAAAUACCAUAAUUGUUAUUGUUAUUGUUAUUGUUAUAAAAAAGAAGUAUAAACUUUUAACAAAUUUGUCAUAUAGUAAUGCGUGCCAGAACUGAAGCUUUCUAUUUAUACAAAUCUAUUUAACAGUUAACUAAUAAUUGCACAAAAGAAAUUGAAACAAAUAACUAUAUUUUUGCUAAUUUAAUUUUUGAUGCAAUAUACCAAAGUCACUAUCAUUGCAAAUUCAGAUUUCUUUUUUAAACAUGUAGCUUUUUAAAUACAAAUAUCAAAGAAAGAUAUGAAAAUAGAACUGUGCAUAGUGUCACCCCAAUAUGAACUAAUGUGAAAUCCAGAGCUAGAAGUUUCUUACUUUAUUUAGAGUGUUUCAAUAUACAUAUUUAAUCAUGUUCUGCUGAAUGUUUAUUAAAAGUCGCCUCGGUCUACAAUACAAAACAACGAAAAAAAAGACUACUGACACAGAAUGUUACAUGUAAAGGCAGUAUAAAUGUAUAAUAAUUACAUAAUUAUUUUCUUAAUUUAAUUAAUGAUGCAACACAAUAUCUUGAUUAAAAUAAAGUGUCUCAUUUUCACAUUC